AUGUCCAACAACUCCAUUGCUGAGUUCCUACUCCUGCAGUUCACAGACAGACGGGAGCUCCAGCUCUUGCACUUCUGCCUCUUCCUGGCCAUCUACCUGGCUGCCCUCCUGGGAAACAGCCUCAUCAUCACCACCGUAGCCUGCAACCACCACCUCCACACCCCCAUGUACUUCUUCCUCCUCAAUCUCUCUUUCAUUGACCUGGGAUACAUCUCUACCACUGUCUCCAAAUCUGUGGCCAAUUCCCUCUGGAACACCAGGGCUGUCACUUACUGGGGAUGUGCUGCCCAGGUCUUUCUCUUUGUCUUUUUCAUUUCAGCAGAGCUUUUUCUUCUCACCGUCAUGGCCUACGACCGCUACGUUUCCAUCUGCAAACCCCUGCACUACGGGACCCUGCUGGGCAGCAGAGCUUGUGCCCACAUGGCAGCAGCUGCCUGGGGCAGUACUUUUCCAAAUGCUGUGCUGCACACGGCCAAUACAUUUACACUGCCACUCUGCCAGGGCAAUGCUGUGGAGCAGUUCUUCUGUGAAAUGCCUCAGACCCUCAAGCUCUCCUGCUCAAACUCCUACCUCCAGAAGGUUUCUUGUG